UGGCGGCGGGAAGCGUACGCUGCUACGCUUAAUAUCAACAAUUUUCAAAGAAAUAUAUUCUGUUCUUUAUUGAAAUUCUCUAAAACGAAAUGAAUAUCCUGCUGGGUUUGAUUUUGCUGCAAGGCAUAUAUCACAGCUACGCCCAAGAAAUUUUUGGCUAUUGUACAACGCCAACGGAUCAAAGUGGCACUUGCAUCCAUCUCACAGAAUGCAACUAUCUCUUUGAGCUGGUCCAAAAGCGCACCAUAUCUGCAGCCAAUCGCGCUCUGCUGCAGAACAGCCAAUGCGGCUAUCGGAAUGGUCAGGUGCUGAUUUGCUGCGCCAACAGCCGCAGACUUAGCCAGCAGCCCGUGUGGGGCCAGCCUGCGCCCAAACCGCAGCCACAGCCUCAACCGCAGCCACAGCCGACCACCACGCCCACAACGCCCACAAGGCGCUCCAAUUUGCUGCCGCAGGUGCCGAACUGUGGCGACAACUUUGGCGAUCGGAUCGUGGGCGGCGUGGAUACCGGCAAGAAGGAUUUCCCCUGGAUGGCGCUCAUCGAGUAUACGAAACCGGGCAACGUGAUUGGACACCAUUGCGGCGGUUCGCUGAUCAACAACCGUUAUGUGCUGACAGCGGCGCAUUGUGUGUCUGCGAUACCGGACAAUUGGCGGCUGACGGGCGUGCGUCUGGGCGAAUGGGACACGACCAUGAAUCCGGACUGCACCACGGAGCGAAGCGGCAAGACGGACUGCAAUGAUCCAUAUGUGGAUGUGGGUGUGUCUGAGAUAAUACCGCAUCCCCAAUAUCCGGGCAAUGCACGGGAUCAGCUGCACGACAUUGCGCUGCUGCGUUUAAUACGGCAAAUCGCCUUCACGGAUUUCAUUUCGCCCGUUUGCCUGCCCAUCAAGCCGGAGCACCAGAAUACCAUUUUCCUGGGCCGUAAAAUGAUUGUCGCCGGCUGGGGACGCACCGAGACCAAUUCCACAUCGAACGUGAAGAAAAAGGCUGAACUAGAAUCGGUGGCUACGGCGGAAUGCAAUCGCCGUUAUCAGACCCAGCGGCGCACCGUGACCUCCAGCCAGAUCUGCGCCGGCGGCGUCGAAGGCAUCGAUUCGUGCCGCGGCGAUUCCGGCGGACCUUUGAUAAUGGAGGACUUCAAUGAGGGAUACGGCAAUUACUAUCUCACCGGCGUUGUGUCCUACGGGCCGACCCCAUGCGGCCUUUCUGGCUGGCCGGGCGUUUACACACUUGUGUCCACGUACAUUGAAUGGAUUGAGAGCACGAUUAAAGCAUAAGAUCGUUACACUAUUGUACAAGCUGGUUAAAACCGAUUGAUUAUUAAAAUAUGCGAAAUAUGAAA